ACUUGACCACUACUUGCUUCCGAACAUCUUAGCUGGAAAAGGUGCAGCAUUUCUUCUCCGGGGCAUCCAAUAUCUCUCUUUCGAAAUGGAAUUAAGUUGAGGCCUUCCUCUGUCUCUCUCUCUCUCUCGCUGCCCAUUUUUUUAUAGUAUAACCUGUUGCUCGUCGCCGUCCAAGGUGGGCGUGGGGGAAAGAUGGAUGAAUACGCGAGGGAGAUGAUGGACCUGAAAACCCUCGUUACCCGAACACUCGAGAAGAAAGGAGUUCUCGCGAAGAUAAGGGCUGAGCUCCGAGCAAGUGUUUUUGAGGCAAUAGAAGAAGAGGACCGAGUAAUUGAAAAUGAAAAUAGUGAACUUCCUCCAGCAUUGCUUGGUAGUUGCAAUGAUCGUGCGAAGCAGCUACAUACCUCUCCUACAGGAAGAUUAUUGACAGCAUUGGUUUGCGAAUAUCUUGAUUGGGCUCAGCUUGGUCACACUCUCAAGGUUUACUUGCCUGAGUGCAAUUUGGAAAAGGACUUUUGGAAAGCUGAGUUACGUGAGUUUAGUAGUAGAGAUGGCUUUGAUAUUAAUAGGAAUAAUGAAAGCAGGCCUGUGCUUUUUGAUGUGCUUGAAGGUUUCCUGAAGUCACAGAAUUUGUUGCAAACAAGGGGUGGAAGAAAAUUGGAUGUUGACUCUGUAUUGAGUGUGGAUGCCCGGAAUACUCGUAGACAACCUUCUUCAACAAUCGUCGGUGGCUUGCCGCCCUUAGGAAGGCAUGGCCAAACUUCACAGUCAUCAGAUCGAAGGUUAGGAGCCUCUGCUACCAAUUUUCGAAAGGAUGAGUACAAUUGGAGAUAUGAAAAUGACCUCGCUGAAGAUGUGCUCAGAGCUUCCAAUGCGCUGGAGAACAUUCAGCUGGACAGAAAAGCUCGUACUUUGUCUACAUCUUGGAGGAACGCUAGUGAUGGCUUCGUUGAAGAUGAUGCAAAGGCAGAGCGCUUAUAGUUUCUUAGGAUGCGCAGGGUUUGCCAUGUUUCUCUUAAUUUUUUCUAUUUAUUCUUGAGGAUUAUUUUUUCUGUGAUGAUACAUCGCUCUGGUUCCUAUGUUAACUUUGAAAGGGCUUUCAAACUCAAAAUGUUUCCUAAAUAUUUUACACGAGGCAUAUUGUAUUAA